AUUUAGUUGAAUGUUCAUUGCUACUCUAAUUCCUGGUCUCUUCUUUGCUUCACCGCCUUGAGCUCCUAUAAUAAGCUCACCCUUUAUACAUCAAGCUGUAGAGUUCGCCCCUCCCACUGGCUAGCCUACGGCACCACAACAUGAAUUCCGCAACGCAGGGCGACAAAGCCCUUGCCCGUUCUGACUUCCCCGGUGCUCUUCACUACUUCACCCAAGCACUGGUCGAACUACCCCGCGCGCCACCCUACUAUCUCAAACGAUCAACCGCCUACUCUCGACUCAAACCCACAGAUGGAGGUCCCCAAUCUCAAGCAGCACUCCGCGAUGCGGAGAUUGCCCUAACCCUUGCGCGGGAGCGUGGGAGGAGGGAACUGAUUCUAGCUGCCCAGUUGAGACGCGGCAUCGCGCUAUAUCAGCUUGAAAAAUAUGGCGAUGCGGCCUUUGUAUUCGGGACCAUCCAGGCGAAAACCGGUGCGUUGGCGGACAAUACAGGUAAGCCAGAGAAGAUGAGAGACGCCAUAGGUAUGGCUGGCGGUGCUCAAUCUUCGUCGAAGAAAGGCUACGAGCAGGAAUUACUUAUAUGGAUGCUUAAAGUGAAAAGUAAACUACAAACAUUAGCCGAGGGGGAUGAGAAAGCUGCUGUCACAGUUGCGGAAUUUCCAAGUGGUGUCCCAGUGCCGACGGAGAAGGAGCUUAAGAAGCAGUUGGAUACUCUUAAAUCUGGGAGGAUUGGGGGAAAGGGUGUCGAGGGUGAGGCUGCGGGGGUCACAGGGGGAGGCUCAACGCCCACUACAUCCAACAGCAAAAAUGAUGCUGCUGGAAGUACUGGUUCUACAGCUCCCUCUCCCGCUGCUCCUCCGUCUGAUAAGGUUCGACAUGAGUGGUAUCAAUCUAACGAAUCCGUUGUUGUGACUCUCUACAUCAAAGGGGUACCCAAAGAUAAAGUCGAAGUAGAACUGAAUGAUGAAUCAGUUUCUCUUCAAUUCCCUCUUCCUUCUGGUGCCGAAUAUGACUUCACUCUUGAUCCUCUGUUUGCAUCAGUCGAUACAUUAUCUUCAAAAGUAUCCGUCAUGUCUACCAAAAUUGAGCUUGUUCUGAGGAAGCAUGUUCCUGGCCAGAAAUGGAAUUCAUUGGAAGCCUCCCCAGCCGACAUCAAGGUUUCAAAUCGCCAGGCUGUUGCGGGCUUGACUUCUGCCGGUAGCUCCACUCCAGCAUACCCAUCUUCAUCCCGCCAUGGGCCCAAAGAUUGGGACAAAUUGGCGACAUCGCUCACAGCAAAAAAGGCUAAAUCCAAAGAUAAAGGCAAGGCCAAGGCUGGUGAAAUAAAGGAUCCAAAUGGGGGUGACGCUGGAGACGAGUCAGACAGUUCAGUUGACUCCGACUUUGGCGGUGGUGACGCCGUUGACGCGUUCUUCAAGAAACUCUACGCUGGAGCGGACGAAAAUACCAAACGGGCUAUGAAUAAGAGUUACUUUGAAAGUCAAGGCACGUCGCUGAGCACUAAUUGGUCGGAAGUGAGCAAAGGAAAGGUGGAGCCUCGGCCACCAAGCGACUGAUAUUCGUUUGAUCCUCCUCAUCUCUGCGGAUGAGAUGCACUAACGGAGUUCUUGAUUCUUGCUGCUUCUAGCGAGAGGUUUUUCUUUAAUUUUUGUUUUUCGUUACCGUGUGUUUAUAUUGAGAUGAGCAGAUAGUCCCUGAUGAGUGAUAAUCGGUUGGGUACUACUCUGUGUCUCCCUUUUAUCUAUGUUGUAAAGAGAAAUGAUUGAGACAUG